UGCAACAGGUUCUGACUGUAAAUCUGUGGCUGGACCAGUUAAUUCACCACCUGAGAUUAGUUUGAGAUGGGAAAGUGGGCCGAGUGCUGUCAUACAUUCUCUGCUGGCUGUAAAAAAUGGUUUUCUUCAGUGUCAUGUAGAGAACUUCAGCGCUGAAUUUCUAACGUCUUCCCUCACAAACAUUCAACAUUUUCUAGAAGAUGAAACUGUCGCAGAAGUGAUGCCUAUGAAGAUAAAAGUUUCCAAUGCAAGAAUUAAUUUAAAAGAUGACAGUCCACGUGAAAAUCUUAAGGCAUCUGAGCUGGUACCCAUAAAACUACAUAUUGACAUACUCUGGAUAGAAAGAAAUGAUGAUGGCUCAUUUCUCAUUAGAGACAAUCAAAGAGUAAAUGAUAUGUCAAAGAGGAAGAAUUCAAGCAGUGCAUUGCAGCAAGCAGCUGGACCUGUUGGACAUAAAACGCGGGACCAAGCCACGCAGACAACUUGUGAAAUUCCCAGACCUCUUAAAUCAAGCAAGGAUUCAGCUGACUUCCUUAAAAAUGAGCUUAUUGAAGAAAAUGAAUGUCUCAAACAGGAACUAGCCAAAGCCAAAAUGGCUCUUGCUGAGGUCCAAAUGGAAAAAGAUGCCCUGCUUCAUCGUAUAAAGAAGAUGAAUGUUGAUCAUCAGUAGGACAGUGUUCUUUCUGUUGGUGCAAGGCAUCAUCAACAGAACUUCAGGUGAUGAUGGCAUCUAAAAUACUGUUUGUAAAUCGCUGGAAGACAUGGUUAUUUUUUUUUGUCACAGACAAAGUUUUCUCAUUACGAACAAAAUGUUUGUGAACUAGUUACUAUUCUGAAAUUAUCAUUAAACAUUGUAACUUUUUUCAGCCCAUUUUAAACUGAAAUGACUUUGGAAAAAUCAGUUUUUACUGUAUUAAUUUACUGAAGAAAAAAAUCAUAUCAUCUACUUUUAAUAUUAUCUAAGGAGAUGUUAUUUUUAAAAUGUUUUCUGAAAAGUGGAUGGUUCAGCAAUGAAAGAAGGUACCUAGGUGUGUAACAGAGUAAAAUGUACCACGCCUCAUUAACAAACUGUACCUCUCUU